AUGGGCUGCCAUAUUUAAAAACCCUAAUACACUAAGAAUGACAUCAUUAUUUCAUCCCCUCCUCCUACAGUUCCAUCUUCUCAUGAAAUAAUUUUGAUGCCUUAUGCUCUACAUGAAUAACAUCCUGCAUCAAAGAUGCCAGUUCAAAUUUAAUUGGAUGGUGAAAAUAAAAGAACAAAAGAAUGGUCAACUGAAAUUACUAAAACAUUUUCACCUAAUAUUAUAUCAAAACAAACAUAAAAAUGA